UAGAGAGACAGUGGGUUGGGGGAUUGAAAAGCCUGUGCUGGUUGCUGAAGCAAGGCAAGGAACCGUUGUCAACGGCGACGCAGGAGCAGCAUGUCUCAAAUGAAACGAUACACUUACAGCAGGACCACCAGCAGCGGCAGCAGCAGGAUGAGUUCAGAUGGCGGUGGGCGGCCUGUUAAGGUGGGCUCUCUGGUUGAGGUCAUUGGUAAAGGUCAUCGAGGCACCGUGGCAUAUAUUGGAAACACCCUCUUUGCCUCUGGAAAAUGGGUGGGCGUCAUUCUAGAGGAACCUAAAGGCAAGAACGAUGGCACUGUGCAGGGUAAACGAUAUUUCACCUGUCAGGAGAACCAUGGGAUAUUUGUACGCCAAUCACAGAUUCAGUUAGUAGAAGAUGGGGCCGACACGACAUCUCCUGACACACCUGAAGCUGCCACCUCCAAAAUGCUGAAGCGGGAGAUAAUUGAAGGUCCAAAGUCAAACAAAGUGCAAACGCGGGCUGGAGUGGGGAUGAAGGUGGGCUCAGGAUCAGCUUCUGCUGGAGAGAUGAGCAGCAGUGAACCCAGCACACCUGCCCAAACACCACUGGCUGCUCCAGUUAUACCUUCGCCUGUGGGAACACUGCCUUCGCCUGGGGCUCCUCCCAUCCCGGGACCCAGCAAGGAAGAGGAGUCACUGCGUGCCCAGGUGAAGGAUCUGGAGGAGAAGCUGGAGACGCUGAAGAUGAAGAGGACAGAGGACAAGGCAAAGCUGAAGGAGCUUGAGAAGCACAAGAUUCAGCUGGAGCAGCUGCAGGAGUGGAAGAGUAAGAUGCAGGAACAACAAAAUGAACUGCAGAAACAACUCAAGGAGGCCAAGAGGGAAUCUAAGGAAGCUCUUGAAGCUAAAGACCGCUACAUGGAAGAGAUGGCAGAUACAGCAGAUGCCAUUGAGAUGGCCACACUGGAUAAGGAAAUGGCUGAAGAGCGGGCCGAGUCACUGCAACUGGAGGCUGAUACUCUAAAAGAGAGAGUGGAGGAGCUGACCAUGGACUUGGAGAUACUCAAACAUGAGAUAGAGGAAAAAGGAUCAGAUGGAGCAGCAUCUAGUUACCAUGUGAAGCAGUUAGAGGAGCAGAAUGCUCGACUGAAGGAGGCUUUGGUGAGGAUGCGUGACUUGUCUGCAUCAGAGAAACAAGAGCAUGCAAAGCAACAGAAACUAAUGGAGGAGAAGAAUUUUGAGCUGGAUGCCCUGAGAUGCCAGAAAGAGAAACUACAGGAGGAAAUGAAGAUGUCUGAGAAAACGAUUGAUGAGCUCAAAGAACAAGUGGAUGCUGCUCUCGGGGCGGAGGAGAUGGUGGAGAUGUUGACGGAUCGUAAUCUAGACCUGGAGGAGAAAGUACGGGAGCUCCGAGAAACUGUCACAGAUCUGGAAGCCAUCAAUGAGAUGAAUGAUGAGCUGCAGGAGAACGCCAGAGAGACGGAGCUGGAGUUGAGAGAGCAGUUGGAUCUGAGUGCUGCCAGCAUCAGGGAGGUGGAGAAGCGAGUGGAGGCAGCACAAGAAACAGUGGCAGACUACCAGCAGACCAUCCAGAAAUACAGAGAGCUCACCGCACACCUGCAGGAGGUGAACAGGGAGCUGAUGAGCCAACAGGAAGCCAGCACUGAGCAGCAGCAACAGCCUGCAGAGAUCUUCGAUUUCAAGAUCAAAUUUGUGGAAACCAAAGCUUACGCCAAGGCCAUAGAAAUGGAGCUUCGUAAAAUGGAGGUAGCUCAGGCUAACAGACAGGUGUCACUGCUGAUUUCCUUCAUGCCUGACUCCUUCCUGAAACACGGAGGAGACCAUGACUGUAUCCUGACUCUACUGCUCAUCCCACGACUCGUCUGCAAGGCAGAGCUGAUCAGUAAACAGGCCCAGGAGAAGUUUGAGUUGACUGAGACGUGCUCUCAGAAGGCUGGCAUGAGAGGAGCCGUCGGAGAGCAGCUGAGCUUUGCUGCUGGACUCAUCUAUUCUCUCACACUGCUACAGGCAACACUGCACAAAUAUGAACAUGCUCUGAGUCAGUGCAGUGUGGACGUGUACAAGCGUGUGGGUUCUCUGUACUCUGAGAUGAGCAUUCAUGAGCGAUCCCUGGAUUUCCUCAUAGACCUCUUGUACAAAGACCUGCUGGAUGAAACCGUCAAUGUGGAACCUCUUACCAAAGCUAUUAAAUACUAUCAGCACCUUUACAGCAUUCAUCUCGCUGAACAGCCUGAGGACUGUACCGUGCAGCUAGCAGACCACAUCAAAUUCACCCAGAGUGCUCUGGACUGUAUGGCAGUGGAGGUGGGGCGUCUGAGGGCCUUCAUACAGACAGGACAGGAUGAGGAAGCAUUUUGUGUGCUGCUGAAGGAUCUGGACACUUCCUGUAGUGACAUACGACAGUUCUGCAAGAAGAUCCGUCGGCGCAUGCCAGGCACAGAUGCACCCGGCAUCCCAGCUGCCCUCAGCUUUGGAACCCAGGUGUGUGAGACCCUGGCAGAGAGCAGAAGGCAGCUGGCCUGGGUGAAUGCAGUGCUUCAGGAAGUGGCAGCGGCAGCCGCUCAGCUCAUCGCCCCUCUCAGCGAACAUGAGGGACUGCCAGCCCUCAAACUGGAAGACAUGGCCUUUAAAGCAGCUGAACAGAUCUAUGGGUCACAGGGCAUAAACCCUCAAGAGUGUCUGCGCCAGUCAUGCAGUGUUGUCAUAGCAACCAUGAACAAGAUGGCUACCGCUAUGCAGGAGGGAGAAUAUGACUCUGAAAGACCACAGAAUGGAGUAAUAUUCAGACCCCCUUACAUUUUUCACUCUUUGUUAUAUUGCAGCCAUUUAAGGGCAGAAAUCACUGAUGCUGAAGGACUCGGCCUCAAACUUGAAGACAGAGAAAUGGUCAUCAAAGAGCUGAAGAAAUCCCUUAAAAUAAAGGGAGAGGAACUAAGUGAGGCCAAUGUGCGUCUCAGUUUACUGGAGAAAAAGCUGGACAGCGCGUCUAAAGAUGCAGAUGAGCGAGUGGAGAAGAUCCAGAUGGUCCUAGAUGAGACAGUUUCGCUCCUGAAAAAGAAGGAAAAGGAGUUUGAGGAGACCAUGGAUGCUCUCCAGGCUGACAUAGACCAACUAGAGGCAGAGAAAGUAGAGCUUAAGCAGAGAAUCAUCAGCCAAUCAAAGAUGACCAUGGAGGGCCUGAGAGGAAGUCAAGCCUCUGGCAUUGCCUCCAUUGUGACUUGUGGCAUCACUGCUGAAGAACAAAAAGGUGUGUGUGCAGCUGCUGGAGUGCAAGUGAUAGAUUCUCCACUGCUGACUCAGCAGAUUGAAGCUCAGCGACUCAGUUUAAAGCACCUAAAGAACGAGAACAACAGACUAAAGGCAGAAAAGAUGCGUGCUCAGCUGGCAUCUCUUCCUCCUCUGAACGUGCCAAAGCUGGGCUGGCGAGAGGGCUGCAGGCCUGAGGUGCUGUCUAGCGCCCUCUACCGCAAAACAGACCAACUGCUGGAUACUCUCCUCCAGAUGAGUGCCAAUGUGAAAGUGGUGGACAUCACUGGGAAAUCUCCAGUGAGUCCCAGUGCACAGCUCCUCGAGCAAACAGCAAGACUGCAGUCGCUCAGUGACACUCUCGAUAGGCUUAAGGAUGAAGUUGCUGAGCAUGUAGUGACUCAUAGGCCUGGUGCUCAAGUCUCGUCUGAUUUCGCCACUUUUCCCUGCACUUCCUUUGUUAAGGCAAAGGAGGAGAAGAAAGGAGAUGCUGUGCUGGUUGGUCGUGUGAUGAUGCCUUGCGCGCGAGGACAGGAACAGGUGCAUCGUCUUUUGCUUUCAAAGACACAGUUACAAAGAGUUCAUUGCCUUCUCCAGACUUAAAAUAACCCCCAAAAAACCAAACUUGCUCACAUUCAGUCUUCAAAACAUACAUUGAAACAGCAGAUAUAAUGGAGAAUGGAUCUAGGGCCACAAACCAAGAACAAUAAACACAAUAAAUGCUUCAUUUUGACAAGCCCACACAAGUCAAGCAUUUGGAAUGCUUUGAAUGUGAUGAUAUCUACCACAGCAAAAUCUGUAAAAUGAUACAAAAAGGCUACAGAUUUGAAACGUGAGACAUGCUGAGGACGUUUUAACAAUUAGACUUUAUUAACAUGGCAUGAAAUAGAUGAUUCGGCAUGAUCCCUACUGCUUUAUAUCUGCAUCCAUUUAAUACCUUUCAUUCUCUUCCCGAUUUGGAUUCCCAUUGAUCUAUGUUUACAAGUAUUUACCUAAAAGGAUUACAGUUCAAAUAGUGUAUGUUUAAUUAGUGGUGCUUCCUAAGUGAUUAGACUUAAAAUUUUCAACUGAUGGACAAUAAAACAAGAAAAAUUACCAAUAAAAUGGAAGUAGAGAUCCGAACCAUAUGAUUGGACCAGGAAACAACCACCCGAACACUCUGGCAACCACCUAGCAAUUACAUCGCAACAUACUAAAGAACAAUUUAAGAUCUUAUAGCAUCUCUCUGGCAACUACCUGAAGGACCCUAGCAUUGUGGCAUCAAGUUCUGCAUGCACAAGCAUCGCUUACAUUAUUUUCAUAAAACGUAAAAAUCUAGUUGGCCAUUUAAAUGUGCGUUCUCACUUGUGGUUGUUCAGUGAAUUUUCAUGGGCGAAAUCCAGUCAUUUCAACUGGGAAUCCACCCGAUUAGAAAUUUUGCAAGAGGGCAAAAGAUUUCCCCAUUCAUGUUGGCCACGUGGAUUCACUGCAUUGACCAACAGAAAGCUGCUUGGUUGAAAGUGAGUUCUGUGUGAGCUGUGCUUCAUACAUUCCUAAACUCAUGACAAUAGACAAUGAAGCUUUUUACCUGCACCUUAAUUAUCAAUCGUUUCACACAUAAAGUUCAGUAUCAAACCUACGAUUUCUCAUUUUAUACAUGCAGUGUUUAGAGAAUAUUCUGAAUCAGGAGGCCAAAGGUAAACAAAAACCCAAAUUCUGGGCUCUAUUUAUGUACUGUAACUGCAAACAAGCACACGUUAAAUGAUUCAACUUGGGACUGCUACAUUUUUCUCUUUAAAACAGAUCAGAUCAUUUUAUCAGUGAUUCCUUGGCACAGCCCUCUUCAUAUUCUCAAAACAAUUACUCAAGUAUCAGACAGGAAAGAUAAUAUGCUCUCAUUCACUUUUCACAUAUAUAAUAAUAGUCAAAGAUUUAAAAGAUCUGUGUGCUUGACUGUGAUGCUUGAAUGUGUCAUGCCAAUGUGCUUUUGUAAAGGAAAUACAAUACAAAUUUGAAUGAAUGAUCCGAUUUAGUGUCAGGCAAGUGCAGGAUAGCAUCAGGCGAAUGCUGCUCUGGGCAAAAAUAAAGAAGACAUCAUAUAACAAUAUUUAUUAACUGUUGUAUAUUUGCUCCAAGAGAUUGUCAGUAUUCAAGUGGUCUUAAGUUAGCAAUGGUUUGCUUUGUUACUAUUGUGUAAGUCAUUAAUCUAUUAACUGUAUAAAAUGCAUACUGUUGCUUACAAUAUUGUUGAAUGUGUUGGCAUCUUAUAUAUAAUGUGUCAAUUAAAUAAAUUGU